CACACUAGGGGCGCGGAGCAUAAACAAAAGAGCGUGAGACUUUUCCGUCCAUUCGGUUGUUGUUUUCUCGUUUUUCCUUUGUCGUGUAGGCAAUUUUCCACAAGUUUUCCACUGCCACGGUUUUGCAUCCGAUGUAGGAUGCAGUGACAAUGUUCUGCCAUAGUUCGUAAGUACGUAAUUUAGAGAAACAUGCAGCGGAAAACAAAGUCGUCAUCAAGAGCGCUGCAGUUGCGAUCUGUUCUAGCGACAGGUGUGGCAAGUUGGCUUAUUUUCGGCUGGCCUGUGGUGGCUGGACAGAAGGGUUUCUUCUUUGGGUGUUAUACGCGGGAUAGAUCUGCCCGGCUGGAGAUGGUGACGGAUCAUUUGGACAUCUGUGUGAGCCACUGUGAGGAUAAUUAUUACAGAUAUGCUGCCUUGUCGGACACGCACUGCGCAUGCCUGAACGCAAUCCGUUCACAGGUGAUGGAGGAUAAGGAAUGUAAUGUUCCUUGCCGUCAGGAUGCGAGUCUCUCUUGCGGUGGCCUCGCUGUGCAGAGUUUCUAUGAAACGGGUGUCGAGGUUCCCGGACCGAUUAAAAAUCUUAGAUUGGCUGAUAUAGAGACGGAUACGACUAUCAAGAUUGCAUGGGAUGCUCCUGUAGCAGAUGGUGUCGCUGUCGCAGAAUAUGAAAUCACAGCUAGUGCCAUAUCGACUUACGCUGAUUAUGGUUUUCGACCUAGGAGCUGGACUACCCAAAAUAGCUCGCUCGGUUUUGAGCUAUCGAAUCUCAUACCCGGCACGCGUUAUAAUAUAACCGUUACGACACUGUCGGCGAAAGGCCGUGGAGGCGAGAAAUCUUUGACUGCGGAGACAGAAAUAGGCAUACCAGACCCUGAACCAGAGGAACCACUUAUCUUGCGCCGGUUAGACUCGACUAUUCAGAUUGAGAUUCAGAAGGCAAUGAAUAAUCAUGGCCCUAUCAAUUACUAUCGAGUAGUCGUUCACUACGUUAACGACGAUUUGGUGCAGCAAUUUGACGAAAGCCUCCUAGAUACAUUCCAAAAAUCAAAGGAAAAUGGUGUACCGUACUACGUGGCAGCGGAAGUCGAAAUGAAGGGAGAUUCAUUGCUCUUCACUGUGGGCGACGGACGACACUAUCGGAACUAUUUCAACCCUCCAAUUCCUCCGCGGGCACAUGUACAUAUCUCUAUCGGGAUUGUCAGCAUUUUGCACAGCGUGAUUAAGGUACGAUACGCCACCACAACCCACGAACAGCACCAGCAUCCGGAUCAUCACUACGUUAAUUCAACCAAUGUGCCAGAACGAAAUGAAGCGCUGGUUACCGUUCUAACCGUAGCUUGUGUUCUGUUUGGCGUUGUUUUGCUGGCGAGUAUUAUUUUGUACGUGUACCUUCGGUACAAGACACCCACAAAUACUCGCCCGCUAUCGGAUCACCACGAGAUGUCCUUGCAGGGACCGAUUCUUGAAGUGGAAAAUAAUGGUUAUCUGCCAGAUAUCUAUGAGCAAAGGGGUUUCGAAGCUGAGCUGCACGAUAUCAUUGAAUCGCUACCAACGCACAAGAAACAUGGACGAAAGUUCCUUACUUUGGAGAUCAACAACAUUCUCGGUUCCGGGAACUACGGUGAUGUACUCAAGGGUAGUAUACAGCGAGAAGGUGUCGAUCUUCCGGCACAGGUGCAUGUUAUUUCUGACGACAUGGAUAAAAUCGAUCAGAUUGGUUUUUUGAACGAAUUCCGUCGCUUUGUCAAACUGGAAAGCAGCCCAAACGUACUGCAACUGUAUGGGGUCUGUGUCACCCCGGACUGGUGCUAUGUACUGUUCGAAGACAUGCAGACUACCCUGAAACAGACGCUGUUGAACGCGAGAAUCCCGAACAAUGUCAACAGUCCCAAGUUUUCCACUAUCUCAGAGGAGAUAAUCAUUAACAUUUUGUGCCUCGUCUGCGAUGGGAUGCAGUUUUUGGUUGAAAAUAAUAUCGUAAGCAAAAAACUGUGCGCCCGAACGGUUUACGUGAACACAAAGUUCGAGGUCAAAGUGAGUGCCUUCGGUCCAACACUUUACGGCGAAAACGAACAACAAAUCGAGAUUACCCGCUGGAACGCUCCGGAAGUAAUUAAGUUCCAAAACCACACCGCUAAAAGUGACGUUUGGUCGUUCGGAUUGCUUAUCUGGGAGUGCUGCUGCCUGGGGGCGACACCGUUCGGUGCGAUCACCGCCGAGAAUCUCUUCACCAGCAUCCGCGGGGGUAGUCGACCGGAGCAACCGGGCUUCAUUUUCGAUGAUCUGUACCAGAUGUGCCUUAACUGCUGGGAUUUGGAUGCCGGCGAUCGUCCCGAGUUUGACGAUAUCAGUCGCUACCUGCGGCAGACUCUGCCCAUGCUGCGGUACAUGCUCUCAUUCGAACGGAACCAACCUGUGCAACUGCCACCGUACUUACCGCAUCUGGAGCUGAAACGCUAGAAGUACGCGCUCUAGCCAUUAGAUCUUGUAUAAUAAGGUAAGUUUAAAGAGUAUAACCAUGAGACAAGAAUUUUUUUCACGAACAAUCCGUCCACUUUGAAAUAUGAGAGAUAUUUUUAAUUUAAUUUUGUAUGAUUUUACCAGGGAUAUAUUAGAACAGUAAAUAUCGGUAGCCUGUAUAUUUCAACAUUUGUGAUUGAUCACAGAAAUAUAAAACAAUAAGAGAAAUCGAAAAGAACUUAAUGUUUUCCUAAUGCCAAACUCGGAUAGUGAUAUUUUGUAAAUCAACAAACCACGCUU